AUGUGCCCUCCUGUUUCUCAUCGACCGCCAAGUCGGCGACACAAACACAAUACGACUCAGCAACCUGAUUUGGACGACGGUUCUAGAUUUCUUCUCGAAGAUGUCAUCAGUAUAGGUAGGAACUUAGCCUCCAUAUCGCGGUUGAAAUGA